AUGUCAUCCGCUCCUGAAUUGAUUGUAACAGGAAGAUUUUCAGUCUCCUGCAAUCCGCCAGACUUUAGGGAUGUGGUCGGUAGUUCCUCAGUUCUUUCUGGCAUGGGAUGUCCUCCAGGUGACCUCAGCCUUUUGGGUGACUGCGGUGCAGUUUCCGAAUCGAUACGUGUAGUCUCCGAAUCUAGACGUGUAGUCUUUGGGGUAGCCUGUGCAGCGAAUACCCAAGCCCAAAUGGCAUUUUUCGCUUUGUCCUUCAUAACUGUUGUUAUCUUGGCCGGAAUUUUUAUUGGGAAUGUCUACAUCAAAUGGAACACCACACCGGUUAUAUUUAGCAUUAAUCCUAAGCCGACCUUCAUAACUGAAGAACCAUUUCCGGCAUUGACCAUAUGCAACAUGAAUCGGGCCUAUAAAUCUAAGGCUGAGAAAUAUCAAAAGAACUCUGUGGAACAUGCCAUGAUACAAAUGUUAUGCAAGCGGGAUAUAAAUCUCUCAAUGACCGCAGAAGAUAGUGGUGCAAAAAACUGGACUUCUUUAAAUCAAUUCAUAUCGAAUAUCGCUCAACCUUGUGAGAAUAUGUUGAUUGCUUGUCGUUUUGGUGGCAUCGAUUACAACUGUAAGCGUAUAUUCCAUGCCAUAAUUACCGAUGAGGGUCUAUGUUGUGCCUUCAAUAUGGUGCAUCCGAAAUUUCUAUACACCAAAGGUACUACCCCUUUGACUCCGGAAAAGUACACCAAUCACAGUGAUAUGGACGAGGCAGUACCCUGGAAUGCUGAAACUGGUUAUCCCAAAAAGUUAUCCAAGCAUUUUUAUCCACGCACUGCCCAGGGUACCGGAGAAUCCCUUGGCUUGACAAUUAUACUCAAUGUGGAGGCAGAUCAAUACUAUUGUUCCUCUACCAAUAGCAUGGGCUUCAAAAUGGCCAUGCACAUGCCCAAUGAGAGACCCAAUGUUCGUGAAGUUGGUCUUUUGGUCGCAGCAGGUUAUGAGACAAAGGCAAGAGUGCGUUUUGAAAAAUUGGAAGCAGAUCCCGGCCUACAAGAUGUAGAUCUCAAGUAUCGCCAAUGUGAGUUUCAAGAUGAACAUGAGCUCAUCUAUUUCGCCUCCUACACUCAAUUGAAUUGUGAGGCUGAAUGUCAGGCCGAGUCCAUGAUGCGUCAUUGUGGUUGCUUUUUGAAUUAUAUGCCCAAACGAUUUGAAAAUGCCACCGUCUGCAGUAUUUAUCACAGUCAAUGUGUGGAACGUAUACGGCUACAUUCCAUGCUCAACGAUGACGAUGAUGAUGAAAGGGAAUGUGAUGAGGUGUGUCUGCCCAGUUGCUAUGCUUUGAGAUUUUAUGCGGAAUUUUUCUCGACUCCUUUGGAACAUGGUAACUUUGUGAAUCCUAAUCCCGGUAUAAGAAAUUUUAGUAAGGAGUAUGUGGAAAAGAAUAUAGCCAUAUUGACCAUGUUCUACAACGACAAUUCAUUUUUUAGCAACAAGCAGACAGAAUUCAUAGGCAUGACAGAUGUUUUGUCCAGUGUUGGUGGCUUGAUUGGACUCUUCUUUGGUUUCAGCUUUAUUUCCUUGGCUGAAAUUAUUUUCUAUGCCUUAAUACGUCCUUGGCGCAAAGUUCGCAUAUAUUCCCCUACUGCAAAGACAAACCGAAAACGCAAAACUCCACGCUAUUUAUCAAUACCCAACUUAAGAUAUUCUUUUCAUAAACUAAGAUUACGUGGAAAAUGUACACCGUCGUAUUUUGUCUCAUCGAAAACUUUAAAUAUGUUGGACAACACCAGUGCAGCUUCAACUUGUAAUGUGGCACAAAAAUCUUUAGAAGUUGAACAAUUGGAAACUGAUGAAAGUUUAAAUUUGCCUCAUGAUUGGCGUAAUAAUAGUAUGGCUUAA